AUGCCGAGUAGCACAUCUUUGCUGGAGGCCGACGAGGGAGAGUCCGAGGUCCCACCGCCUCUAGUGCACGCUUUCGCCGGUAUGGGCCUUGAGGAGCACCACGGCACCCAGAGCCAGAACCCCGAACAAUUAGACGAGAGCCUCCACUAUCACCACCUCCACCAGCUUCCCCCUGUUUCUCAUUUUAACCUUCUCGGUACGGUCCUAGACUUGAAGCCCGUGCACCAGCCGCCUUCGGGAGUAGAAGUGAACAUAGCGCCCGAGGACGAUGAGCUAGAAGUUGGAGCCGACUCCUUGUUGCUAGCGCAGGCCCACCGCCAGCAACACCUCCCAUCAGGGCCAGGAGGCUCAGUGAUGCCUUCGGGGAUGGAGCCUCCGUACGCCGAGACGGUCUUGUUGUACAACGAAGACGGAGAUGAUAUUGGGCUCGGCGGCGGCGCCUUACCACUGGCUGGCAGCAUGGCGAUACUACCGCCCGGCAUGUACGGGGAGUCUGGCUACGAGGCCGAGUCUUCGCUCUUGGCUCGGCGAAAGAGCGUCAACACAACCGAGUGUGUGUCGGUGCCCAGCUCCGAGCACGUCGCGGAGAUUGUGGGCAGACAGGGCUGUAAGAUUAAGGCACUUCGAGCCAAGACCAACACCUACAUUAAGACACCGGUGAGGGGAGAGCAGCCUGUCUUUGUUGUGACGGGGCGCAAAGAAGACGUGGGCAUGGCUAAGAGGGAGAUCCUCUCUGCAGCUGAGCACUUCUCCCUCAUCAGAGCCUCUCGAAACAAGACGGGCCCUCUGUCUGCUGCGACGGGUACAGGGACCCCCUCUCUACCUGGACAGACAACCAUUCAGGUGCGAGUACCAUAUCGUGUUGUAGGGCUGGUCGUGGGUCCCAAAGGGGCAACCAUCAAACGUAUUCAGCAACAGACCCACACGUACAUUGUGACGCCAAGUCGGGACAAGGAGCCGGUGUUCGAGGUCACCGGGAUGCCGGAGAACGUGGAUCGUGCGAAGGAUGAGAUAGAGGCGCACAUCGCCAUACGUACAGGAUCCUGUGGAAGUAUUGAGGCUCCUGGAGUUGACAACAAUGACUUUCAGUACAAUGGGACAGAUGUCAGCUUUGAGCAUGCUGCAGCAGCUGCGCUGGGGGAGGCCGGAUGGCUUCGUGCAGGUGCAUCAUCUGAAAAUGGUGGCGGCGGCGGCAGCCUGUUGCCAAUGAGUCUCAACGGUACUCAGCGAAUCAAUAGCAAUAUCAACAGCGGUAUCAGGAUGUCUUCCACCUACCGCAACGACAGCUCCAGUUCCCUGGGCAGCGGCUCCAGCUCAGCUGACUCUGUCUACGCCACCAGUAAUGGUAACCGAAUGGCAGAUCUGAGCCCGACUUGUCAGUUUAAUGCCAAUGCUAACAACAACAACAACAACAGUAAUGGUGGCAGUGCAAAUUUCUGGUUUGGCGACAGCGUUCUUCCUGAGGAGCUGGUCAGCCUGGGAGGUGCAGGCUCUUCCUCCGGCUUCGAUCCGUUAACCAUCUCCACUGCCCAAGCAUCGCACCCUGCUGCACAGCCACCGAUCUGGAGCGCUUAUGUAGACCACCAGCCCCCACAGGCCUUCGAUGCUCGUCACUCUCAGAACAGUCUGCCAGGAACGCCCCGGCUCUCUCCAACAGAAGCCUUGGAGCACCCUCAGGCCAGGAGAGUUCUCCGAGGGCCCUUUGUCUCGACCGGGGCCCAUGAUGUCCAGAGGUUCCCCUCUUACAGCUCGGCCUUCUCCUCUUCCAGUGAAAGCACAGCCUCCUCUUCCUCCCCUCCUGAAUCCUCCCUCUCCCACCGCCCGGGGGUUGGACCAGCAGGGAGGGGACAGGAAAUAUGCAUGCAUUGCAUGGAUAACCAGGUGAUCGCUGCCCUGGUUCCCUGUGGCCAUAACCUCUUCUGUUUAGAUUGUGCCACCCAUAUAUGCCAGAGUCCAGACGCUGUUUGCCCUGUGUGCAUGUCCCCGGUCACACAGGCCAUUCAGCUGCGCAACAUUUGAUUUUAAUCCAUUUAUUGACGGCUGAUGAGGGAUCAGCCUCCACACUUCCAAAUUGUAAAGUGUAAGGAAAUUCAUUGUUUAGGUAUAUCCUCACAUUUGUCCAAGCUGGUGUUCGGUUGACAAAGGUGAGGAAGAAUAGGUGAAUAAGGAAUUAUGUAUAUUUAGGGCAUGGGUUAGGGUGUUCAGCCCGUACAUGUGCCUGCUGUUGUGAAGUCUUCUUCCAUGAUUGAUUGAUUGAUCAAUGGGAGGGUUGGAAACCCUCUGUGUAGCAUUGGUUGGGGUGGGAUAUAUAUAUAUUUUGCUCAUCAUGAUUUUUGAUUUAAAUGUUCUCCUCCCUGAAGCAUUUCUGCCUACCUAUAUUUUUUAUCAAUUUUUAAAAUGUAUUUUGAAUUAUAUUAGAAACAUAAUGCUUUCAGGUCAAGGUUAAUUUUUGUCAACAUCUCAAAAGUUUUUCGCCAUUGUUUUAUUUUUUUAAUUCGCUGCUACAAAUUGUUUUUAUCUGAAGUAGAGCCAAGUCCCUUUGCCUCCCAAUUAUUGUGCUCGCUCCAAGGAAAACAGAAGUGAGCAUGUUUACAUAUGAGCCCCAUAUAUUAAUAUGAUUAAACUAAUAGUAUUCUCCUGGUUACCACAGAAUUGUAAUGCCUACUACAUUAUCCUGGAAAAUGCCACACUACCCUUGAAAAUGUGUGUAAAUAUCGAGCAAGGUGUGUCUGUUAUAUUUAAACAGAAUAUGAUGUUUACAGGCUCCAGUGGAAAAAUCUCAGUUUUUGAGUUGCUUGUAUCAAAAGCAUAGUGACGCAGCACGUAAACAUACCCACAAAGGGGUUUUAAACCAAGUGGGUCAAACCCACAACUGUAAAUGGUUCACACUCCAGGGGCAACCUCUUGUUGCCUCAGGCUUCCUUCUCUCCCAGACUAGAACCAACAAGUGGUUAACUUCCCUUUGUUGAGUACCAGGAUGUUACGUUGCUUUACGUUUCUACCUUUUAAAAAACUGUUUACGGUAAACUUGUGCCUAAUUCCAUUUUGAGUAAACAAAAAUGAUGUUUGAAAAAACAAAAUUUGAACAAAAAGUGCCGAGUGGACGCAGUGUUGUUUGUCUUAAAACAAACUUGUGGCCUUUAAGGAGAGCCUGUAACUAACUGACAACACUAUCUACCAAUUCAGAUCACGCUAACAGAGGUCUUAAUGUAUUCUUCAAAGUUUAAACUCUUAAAUGCCUCUCUGUUGAUCAAAGGUUAUCUAACAGGGAUGGGUUUUUUUUGCUUCCCAUUUUUAGUGAGCUUUUCCCAAAUAUUUACCAUCUAUUUGUUAUCACCAAACACUCCCAUUUAUUUUACUUACAUUUCCACUUAUUGUUUUUUGUUUAUUUCUCAAUGAUAUCCUUGUUUGGAAACCAUGUGCUGAUUUUCUGCCAGAGAUAUAUGCACAUCUUGUCCCUUUGGAAACAUUCCUCCUCCCUGUAUUACAGUUACUUUUUUUUGACAAUUCACUUACCCUGCUCCUCACAGCCAUGUUGUGUCCUGGUUGGUUAGCAGACAGCAAAUAAUUAUAUUAGGAUGCAAAAUUGAGACUGCAGCCAUCAAUGUCUCGUCUACCAGGCCUAUGCAAAAAUCAUCUCAGUAAACUACCCAAGGAGAUAAACUGAACUAUAUUGGGCGUAAACCUGCAGACAGACAUUUCCCUUCUGAUUUGACCAGUUUCUACAUUUCAGUCAGCGAUAACUUUCAUUACCAGCUCUAAUGCAUUGACGAGAUGCUUCACCUGUCUCAUCAGCUCAAUUGCUGUUGCUCUUGUGCCCUAGUUAGCACAGCCUUCCUCAUAUCUUAUCAUACUUUUGACAAGUACGGCCUCCAACACACAGUCUGAUCUUUGUGCACCCCCUUUCAAUGUUUAUCUGUCUGUUCCUCCUCCUGGAAAGCGAUGGAAAAAGGUACAAAUAGGUGGAAAUCAUCUCAAAUCUUAGCUUUAAACGCCAGUGUCUCUAGACUUAGUUUUACAGGAUUAAAUGAAUUGAGGGACAUUUGGAAGGAGAGCCAGCUGGCAUGAUUUAAUCUGGGACUGACACUACAUGAGGUCAAUACUGUUGCUUUACUUUUUGUCUAGCAUUCCAACUGUAAACGGUAUUUGGGAGUUAUUCUAUACUUCCGUUUCUUAAAUAUCAUCUUUCAUGGGUGAUUGAGCUUUCUCAAGGAAAUGGAACCAAAGGAGUCCCAAAAGUGCAAAAAACCCAUCUGCUUUUGCCCCUUGGGUCUUCGCUCCGUCCUUUUUAUUUUAUUUCUCUCAGCUCUACGAAGGGUGGAUCUCUCUUUCUCUCUCGGAGGGAAUGCAAUACACUGUUAGCCCUCAGUUUAUUGACAUUUUUGUGUAUGUAUUAUAUGAUAUUACUGUUAGUGACUGAUGAAUAUACAGAACUUAUUUUUAUUUUGUUACAUUUCAUAUAUAUACACAAAUAUAUCUAUAUUAAAAUGUUUACAAUAAGAUUUUAAUUUUUUUUUACUUUUCUGAGUGAUCAAUUGAAUGAAGAGUUGGAAACCCAGAAAUGUUGCAGAAGGGUGUCAAUGCUAUCUGCUUGUAGUCUAGUUAUUAGUUUACAGUAUUGAUGAUAAUCGUAUUGAUAGCUGCCGUUUAGAGGAGAAUGGAAUGUGCAUCACGAGCAUGUCUUCAUAUACAUGUACAGCCAAUGUAAAACAUAACACUGCAACUGUAAAAAGGCCAAGGAUUCAAGCUGCCUGUCAUGUCUGUACGCCACCAAAUUAAGAACGGUAUACUUAGAUUAUCUAUAUAUAAAUACAUAUAUUGUUAAGCUGUACCAACAGUUCAAAGUAUUUGCUAAUUUUACUACACUUGUUAUGUAUAUGUCGGAGGAGUCUUAUGGCAUAUAAAUUCUUCAAAUUAAGUCAGGAGUUUAAAAGCAGACUAUAUUUUAUAACGGCCUUUUAAGUUAUUGCGGCCAAAGCACUGAUAUUAUAUAUUUGCUGUAAAGAGAAUUUAAGAGUUUUAUUUUUCUGAUAUUAAAGUUACUUAAUAAAGACGGUUUCAUUUUAAGAAG